CUCUGGACCGAACACUUCCUCAUCAAACUGCUCAUCACAGAUGGAGAUGAAGCAAAGAAUGGCUUAUAGUCCAUAAUCCAGUAUUUCCAAUUCCUUGUGGUGACUCUGAUGGGAGAAGGUGUUUCGUCUGAAGCCAUUGAGUGAAAGGGGUGUGGGUAUUGUGAGAAGUCUGGCUGAUCUUGCUACGGUUGACUUAUGGAAACCAGAUUCAUUCGACCAAGUGUCCGUGGAUGCCACUGUGGAUUUCCGAGUGAGCGCUGAGGAUUUACCAAUGGUUGAAGAGCUUCUGGGGGAGAGUGGGCUAGAAUAUGAAGUUUUAAUUGAAGACCUUCAAGCAAUGAUUGAGCAACAACUUGACAAUAAGGAGCGUUCGACUACAAGACACAGUUACACAAAGUACAAUGACAUGGAAACGAUCAACACCUGGAUUACAAACACUGUUGCCAGAAAUGCAAACUUGAUGUCUCUUACAGAAAUUGGAACCAGCUAUGAAGGACGACCGAUACACGUCAUCAAGAUCAGCAAGGAAGCAAGUCAACCGAAACCGGCAAUCUUUAUGGACUGUGGAAUACAUGCCCGAGAGUGGAUAUCUCCAGCAUUUUGCCAGUGGUUUGUGAAGGAGGUGGUCAAUACUUAUGGAUCAGAUCCCACCCUUACCCACAUUCUGGACACCAUGGACAUCUUUAUCGUCCCAGUUAUUAAUGUUGACGGUUAUUCUUACACCUGGUCAAAUAAUCGCAUGUGGAGAAAAACCCGGUCAAGGAUCCCCGGUAGCAACUGCCGAGGAGUUGACCCCAACCGAAACUGGAAUGCUGGAUGGUGCACCAUAGGUGCCUCAAAGGACCCCUGUGCACAGACCUACUGUGGUCCUCGGGCAGAAUCUGAGAAGUCAGUCAAGGCUGUUGCAGACUUCAUCCGCCUCCACAAGCAGAACAUCAAGGCUUAUCUGACCAUCCACUCUUACUCUCAGAUGUGUCUCUUCCCGUACUCCUACACCUAUGACUUAGCUGCAAAUCACGAUGAACUGAAUCAGAUUGCCAAAGAAGCAACCAGGCGUCUGCAGACCCUCUACGGGACAAAGUACAUCUACGGCCCCGGAGCAACCACCAUCUAUCCUGCAGCUGGUGGUUCAGAUGACUGGGCCUAUGAUCUGGGCAUAAAGUACUCCUUCACCUUUGAACUCCGUGACACUGGCAGAUAUGGCUUCCUCUUACCUGAAUCUCAAAUCAAGCCUACCUGUGAAGAAACAAUGUUGGCCAUUAAAUACAUAGCUAACUAUGUCACCAACAACUUGUAUUGAAAUAAUUAAUGAAAGGCUAAUUAAAAUAAAUGAAUUUCACAAUCCUUCAUCUAUUGUUAUUGCCACAAGCAAGGCUGAUGUCAUUGUGUACAUUCUGGUCACCACAUUACAGGAGAAACGAGAUUACACUGGAUAGGGUACAGAGGAAAUUGGUGUUGGCAGGAUUGAAAAACCAUGGCUCUGAACAAAAAUUGGAUCAUAGAGUUAUAGAUUCUUAAAAUCACACAGCAGAGAAAUGGCCCUUCAAGCCAUAUCAACCUCUUUCCCCAUCUACACUGAUUCCAUUUCCCUGCAUCGUGUCCAUACCCUUUCAUGCCUUGCCUAUUUAAGUGUCUGUCUAAAUGCCUCUUUAAUGAGGUCAUUGUAUCUGACUCUACCAUCUGCUUUGGCAGAUAUCAACCAUUCUCUGUGCAGAAAAUUUACCCCUAGAUCCUCAUUCAGACUCUGUCCUCUCAACUUAAACCUUGUUUUUGAUACCACUACCCUGAGAAAAAAAUCUAACUAUCUACCCUAUCUAUGCCCCUCAUAAUUUUAUAAACUUCUAUCAGGACACAACUCAGCCUCCUUCAUUCCAGGAAAAACAAACCCAGAAUACCUAAUCUCUCCCCAUAACUAAAGUGCCCCAAUCCAGGAAACUUCUUGGUGAAUCUCCUCUGCACUCCCUCCAGUGCAAUCACAUCCUUCCUACGAUACGGCAGAACUGUACACAGUACUCCAAAUGUGGCCUAACUAUUGA